CGCUCAGGAGCUGCCCCCACAACCUGCCGUUUUUACCAGGAGCUGGAUGCCAUACUUGGGUGUGACCCCACUGCCAAUCCUAGGAGCACGAUGGAGAGUUCAGAGCAGGGAGAAGUGGGGGAGGUUGUAGAGGACGGCGACAGUGAGGCUACUGGCGUGGAGGGAGACACCCCGGAGUCCCAGUACACAUGCAGCCAGGAGCUCUUCUCAAGCCAGGAGGAAGCUAGCCAGUCGCAGCAGCAGGAAGUUGAUGGUGAGGAAGAAACUGAGGAUCGUGCUCAGGUGACCUUGACUAAUGCAGGCAGAUCACCGGCCUCACGUAGAUUGCAGAACUUGAGACGAAAUCCCAGAAAAUCAAAAGAGGAAUUGAUCAAAUCAGUUAUGAGUCACUACAACAGAGAAAGUAGGAAGACACAGGAAUGGAGAGAGAAAAUGUAUGAAUGGAGACAGAGUGUACAUGAAUGGAGGCAAACAGAAAGCAGGAGAAAGGAACUGUCUGCCAAAAAAGCCACAAAGCAGAUGAUAAGCCUCCUGGCUCGCCAAACUGAGUCUUUCGAGUCUCUCGUAGCCAUGCAGACAAAUAUGUACCGUUGUAACCCACAGCCCUCCCAAAGCCCUCUUCCUUGUUCCCCAGUAUUUCCACAAAACAACUUUCUCCAGCAGCCAGUUUCUUAUUACCCCCAGCUGCCCCCAACACCUGUAUGAUCACCUACCAGCCCUGA